AUGGAUGUGACGGACGUGUGUGAGAGUGUGUUGGAAGUGAAGGACUUCAUGGAGUGCUUAAGGGAUGAGAACUCAAGACUUCGGCGACAGUUGUUGAAGGACUUCAUGGAGUGCUUAAGGGAUGAGAACUCAAGACUUCGGCGACAGUUGUGUUUCGCCCAGAAGUGUAUGGAUCUGUUCCUCAGAUACAGACACUGUUUGACGGGUUUCGCCAACAAUUGUCUUUGCGAUCAAAACUUCGAUAACCAACUCGUGUUCAACCAAUUGGAGGACGAGUACAGACAUGUGGAGGACGAAGACGUGCAGUUGUCUGCACACGAUGUCGAUGACUGUCUUGCCAGUAGUGUUACGUUCAAUAGAAACGAGACACCAGUCGAUACCAACUAUAAGAUUAUGGAAUCCAUUGGCGGAGACCAUGAUAUCGAUGACCACCAGACCAAUGAUGAAGAUAUCAAUUACAAUAAUGUCUUAUUAAACAAAUUCAGUAAACGAAUGAAGACUUUGAAUGAAGACGAAGACUAUAGACUCAUGUAUAUGAAGACCACUGAAGACAGUGAUUGUCAACAGUUUCGGUGCAAAUGGUUUAAGUGUGGACUCAGUUUCGACUCCCAGACGAGUCUCUCUCAUCACACAAAAGCGGAUCACUUCAAGAUUAAUGACAAUUACGAUAAUUUGCCACAAAUUCUUCAGUCGGACGACGAACUGGUCAUUGAAACUGAUGAUGACAUCACUCGAAGACAUAGUAAGCCUCGCGUGAAGUCGAAACCAGUGGUCGAACCGGAGUUUGUAUGCGAUUGGAUCGGAUGUGACCUCGAGUUUCGGUCAAACUUUGACCUCAAGAGACACCAGAAUAUGGUUCACAGGCGUAGAGAACAGACACUGUCUUCGCUGGGAAGCGGCAACAGAUUCAUUGGUUUCAAACCAUUAACUAUACAUACGUUAGACGACUCGUCACCACAACAGUUACAACCAAUACUUCGUGAAGUGUUUGCGGAAAAGAUAUUUAAAUGUGAUUUGUGUGACAAAAGCUAUACUCGAAAGGAUAGUCUUCGACACCACCAGAGGAUUGAACACAACAGCGGCGGUCGUGCCCUUCGUAUGCAUUACUGCGACCAAUGCGAGUACAGCACCAGUAAUGGCGGACACAUGAAGAGACAUAUCAUUAGGAAACACACGAAUGAGAGACCAUUUAAGUGCGAUCUCGACGGAUGCCAUCCAGACGUCAAGUGUUACGCAACCCUUGAACAGCUUAAGAGUCACCAAAUGAAGAUCCACCCAAAUAUAGACUUUUCUAUGGUGUGAUCACACAUAUGGUGACACUCGCUGUACUGUUACCGUACAUCACUAUUACACUCCAAAUGAAUUGUGUGUUAGUAUUGUAUUACCGUAAUAGUCAUGUCAUUCAUUCAAUUGCUGUA